GCGGAGCAGGGGCGGGCUUGGACCCGCGCGACGCGCUGGAGGUUGCGUCCCGGCCUCGCAGGAGGAGGUGAGUCUAGACGCCACCGGGUGACGAGAGUGGUUUCCUCUGCUGUUCGCUGUCUCACUGAAACAAUCGCUCAUCUCCGUUCUGCGCAGAGUUAAAUUUCUCUUCAAUUCAGUGACCGCACUCGCUUGUGACAGACACAUCAGACGUUACCUGUGCUGUGUUAUAGAGACCUCCACUUCAUUGUUUUUCUGUUGAGCGCUCCCGCAGUAGCUGUAGAACCCUUACUCACAUAUGGAGAUCCAGUAUCUUCAGUGGGGCUGCUCAUUUAACCUUAUCUUGGUAAAAUAUACUGGAUUGAAUACAUGGAAGACUGAAGUCCUCUAUUUAUCCUCCAAAGAGGUGCAGCAACACUGCAGACUAUAAAUAGUAAUGAUAAAAUCUCCAUUAUGUGUAAUAAAUGAAAAAGAAUAAAUCAUGGGAAACCCAGAAAACAUAGGAGAUGCAUAUGUUGCUGUGAUUCGUCCAAAGACUUCUGCUAGCCUGAAUUCUCGGGAAUAUCGAGCUAAAUCAUAUGAAAUUUUGUUGCUUGAGGUUCCCAUUGAAGGACAAAAGAAAAAGAGAAAGAAAGUUUUGUUGGAAACUAAACUUCAGAGAGGCAGUGAGAUAACCCAGAGCAUCUUGGAUUAUGUAGUAGAAACCACCAAACCAAUUUCACCAGCUAAUCAAGGUAUCAAAGGAAAGCGAGUAGUGUUAAUGAAGAAAUUUCCUCUUGAUGGAGACAAGGUGGGCAGGGAAGCCUCUCUUUUCAUUGUUCCAACCGUUGUCAAAGAUAAUACAAAAUAUGCAUACAGUCCUGGAUGCCCAGUUUUCUACUGCUUACAGGACAUCAUGAGGGUCUGCAGCGAAUCCAGCACUCAUUUUGCUACACUCACUGCUAGAAUGUUAAUAGCCUUGGAUAAGUGGUUAGAUGAACGACAUACACAAUCUCAUUCCAUCCCAGCUUUAUUCAGACCAUCUCCUCUUGAGAGGAUUAAAACUAAUGUUUCAAACCCCGCAUAUGCUAUUGAACCUGGGCAGACGGAGAGCUCUCUACACAUGGGAUAUACUGCAUUAGAAAUAAAGAGCAAAAUGUUGGCACUAGAGAAAGCAGAUAUGUGUAUCUACAACCCUUUGUUUGGGUCAGAUCUUCAGUAUACCAACAGGGUUGAUAAAGUGGUUAUAAAUCCAUACUUUGGUCUUGGAGCUCCAGACUAUUCAAAGAUUCAGAUUCCAAAACGAGAAAAGUGGCAACGCAGCAUGAGCAGUGUCACAGAAGACAAAGAGCGCCAAUGGGUAGAUGAUUUCCCUCUUCAUCGCAGUGCUUGUGAAGGAGACUCUGAAUUACUUAGUCGCCUUCUAGAUGACAACUUUUCAGUCAACCAGUUAGACAGUGACCUUUGGGCACCUAUCCAUUAUGCGUGCUGGUAUGGAAAAGUUGAAGCCACUCGAAUGUUGCUGGAGAAAGGGAAAUGUAAUCCAAACCUACUGAAUGGACAUCUUAGCUCUCCUCUUCAUUUUGCUGCUGGAGGAGGACAUGUUGAAAUUGUGAAAAUUCUUCUAAACCAUCUGGAAAUUGACAGACACAUUACUGAUCAACAAGGAAGAUCCCCAUUGAAUGUCUGCGAAGAGAGCAAACAGAAUGAUUGGGAAGAAACAGCAAAACUGCUGAAGGAAGCCAUAAAUAAACCUUACGAAAAGGUACGGAUUUAUCGAAUGGAUGGGUCAUAUCGUUCUGUUGAGUUGAAACAUGGAAACAAUACUACUGUACAGCAGAUAAUGGAAGGAAUGCGUCUGUCUCAAGAAACACAGCAGUACUUCACUAUUUGGAUUUGUUCUGAGAACCUUAAGCGUUUUGAAUGUGGGAAGGAGAAAUCAGAAGGUGCAGAAGUGGGAGAAGAUUUUAAGUUGGCAGAAGCUGUGCACAAGUCAGAGAAUGAGGGAGAGUUGAGUAGUGGGGAGCUAGAAGACAGUUAUUUUUCAGGCCUCCAGCUGAAGCCAUAUCAUAAACCUUUGCAGCAUGUUCGUGACUGGUCUGAAAUACUCACUGAACUGACAAACUUGGAUCCUCAAAGGGAAACUCCACAGCUUUUCCUGAGGAGGGAUGUGAGACUUCCUUUGGAGGUUGAAAAAAAGAUUGAGGAUCCACUGGCUAUUCUUAUCCUGUUCGAUGAAGCCAGAUAUAAUUUGCUGAAAGGCUUCUAUACUUCACCUGAUGCCAAACUGAUCACAUUGGCAAGUCUGCUGCUACAAAUAGUCUAUGGAAAUUAUGAGAGUAAAAAACACAAACAAGGUUUCCUUAAUGAAGAAAAUCUUAAAUCCAUAGUACCCAUCACCAAACUAAAAAGUAAGGCUCCUCACUGGACAAAUAGGAUACUUCAUGAAUACAAGAGUCUCAGCUCUAGUGAAGGUGUAAGUAAAGAGAUGCAUCACCUGCAACGCAUGUUCUUGCAGAAUUGCUGGGAAAUUCCUACCUAUGGAGCUGCUUUUUUCACAGGACAGGUAUUCACCAAGGCGAGUUCAAGCAGUCAUAAAGUCAUCAGAGUAUACGUAGGAGUAAAUGUAAAAGGACUGCAUCUCCUCAAUAUGGAAACCAAGGGUUUGCUCAUCAGUCUAAAGUAUGGUUGCUUUAUGUGGCAGUUAGGAGACGCAGAUACCUGUUUUCAAAUCCAUAGUCUGGAAAACAAAAUGAGCUUCAUAGUCCAUACCAAACAGGCAGGUCUUGUCGUAAAACUGCUGAUGAAAUUAAACAGCCAGUUAAUGUCUACUGAACGAAAUGAAUGACAGCGAUGGACAGUGAUUAUGCAACAGUGUCUUAUGAUUAAACAGAAGUAAUUUUGUUUUAAUUAAAAUAGAAGCUUUUCAUGUGCAUGAAAGUUUCUCAGAAUGAAAUAUGUUGUGAAAUUUGUAUAGGUUUUGUACAGAAGUUGCAUGGGUUAUUUUUUUAAAAAGUAUAUAACAUCUAUUUUUAUAAAGAGAUUUUCUUCAAUAUAAGCUAUUCUAAUUUUGAGCUAAACCACAAGAAGAAAGAUAUUGAGAUUAAAAUGUAAAAUAAAGUGUGCUCUUGUUCUUAACAGAUUAUGGAGGAUUCAAAGUGCCUUAAACCAAUCCCUAAUGUAUCUGUUAUUAAUCUACUUGUGAUACUGUAGAAUUCAGUGAAACCUGUACAAAUAACAACCUUUAACAGGCAACCUGCUCUCUUAAGAGACUGCCAAAGGUAUUCCCAGAUAUAUUGAGUAAAAUUCUUCUCCGCUUCAAUUAGAAGACUGUAGUUUCCCUGUGUGUUUUUAAUUUGAUGUUUAAUACAUUUUAUAGUUAAGACUUGAUUAAAUUUCAAGUUUUUAAUUUGUUUUUCUUAAGUACCAGUAUUAUUUUAGAAUAUUGCCUCAGAACAGCUAUCAGGAAAUACAUUUUUAAAUCUUUUCAGGAGCAGAUUAAAUGUUUAGCAUAUUUAAUGUUUUGAAACUAGUGGAUUAUUACUUUGCAAUGCAAUACCCUGCUUACAUAAUUACUGCUUUCGUAAUAAUUACUGGAUUCCAACAAAUUUGUAUUAAGUUUCAUUACUGGAUUGCAACAGAUUUGACUGAGUAAUACUUUGUGCAGUAGGGACUUGAGUUGUUUCCAUUAAUUGAGUUUUCGUGUUCCUGUCUUACGUGACUUUACUGGGACUCCAUAGAGUGGAGGAUUUGCAGGAUUGGGGAUUUACAGUGUAGAGAUAGAAACUGGACAUCCAUAGAGCUGUUCACUGAGGAUUCGAUUCUGCUCUCAUUAGUGUCAGUGGGAGCAGGAGGAGGCUCUAAUAUGAUCUUGUUAAUAUAAUGUGAUGGAAUAAUUGUUUUCUUUUCAUAAUAUUUAAGAGGUCUGGAAACUGUAUAAUUGUAAAGAGACUUAGGGACAGAUGGCUGUCAGAAUUUGCCCUAAACAAGCAAAUGUACAUUUGCUUAACAUGACAGUAAUUAAAGUAAAACUGCUACAUAUUUUAAUCUUCCUGUUGUAUAUUAAUUAGGUUUAUUUUUGUGAACAGUAUGGUAUGAACAUUUUAAAUCAUCAAAUGGAGUCUGAAAUAUAUCUUUAUACCACAAACUACUACCCUGUUAUACUAACCUCUGAACUUUCCAGGGGGUGCUGUAAGGUUUUAACGUCAGCUCUGUGAUGGAGUAGGGACUGUCUGUGUGGGAGAUGGGAGAGACGGGGAUUACUUUAGGUGAGGGACCAGGACCUAA